AUGAAUACAUCAAACUCGCCAAGACUAUUUGCCCUCCUGGUCGGAGUUGAUUUGUACCAGGCCGAUGGAUCGAGAGGGUCCACAGGCAAUGGUGCUGUGUCUUUAAACAGCCUGCAAGGGUGUGUUAACGAUGUCAAGCUCAUCCACGGAUUUCUUCAAACCCACUUUAAGCCGUAUGAAGAACGCAUUCUUACGUGUUCACCGUCCCAAUACAACAGCAAGAACCCCAAAGAACCAGACGACCGCUGGCCUACCUUUGUCAACAUCAAAAGGGAGUUCGACAGUGUGAUCGACCGUGCCCGACCCGGAGACAUAUUCUUCUUUCACUUCUCGGGUCACGGCGCCUUGCUCCCACGGAUCCCUGGAUCGCCUGUCGGGCGCGACAAGGAUCCCUCCCUCAUGACCACAGACUACUGCUGCGGUAAACGCGCUGUGCGCGGGUGGGAGCUGAACAAAUGGCUGAGAAAAAUCCACAACCGGAAGGUCCAGGUCAUUGUGACCCUGGACAGCUGCCACUCGGCUGGCGCAUGGAGGAACGACGGCGACAUCCGCAGUCCAAAAGACUGGUCGCCUCACAACCUUCCGGGUGAUGAGGAUGGCAUCGAGCCUGAGCCUGAAUCGUCAGACCUCGAGGAGGCACAGGACAUGCGCAAGGCGCAGCUUCCUGAGUCAUGGGAUAUCAAUCCCACAGGGUUCACGUUGAUGGCUGCCUGUCAGACGGACAAAACCGCGACAGAAAAGAUGAUAGAUGGCCAGAUAAACGGGGUAUUUACGGCCACGCUGUCGAAAUUCUUCAAGGAGCAGCCAGACGCGACCGUCUCCACAUAUAGAACCAUCCGGGACUAUAUCGCACGAGUCAUUUCACCACAGAAACCUGAGGUCUUUGGCCAAGACAGGCUGGCGUUCCUGAGAGACAGAGAACUCUUCUCUGCGACACCAAUCUGGGCUGAGGUCAAAUCAAAUAGUGUUAUUCUUCCGAUUGGAAAGAUCCACGGUGUUACUGUGGGUGCUGAGUUCACGACGCGCUCGGUGACACCCGAUUUUACCCUUUCGAUCUCCAGCGUCGACGACUUCGAAAGCAAAGCCAAAUUGCCGCAAGGAAUGUCCAGUGCCGGACUCCAGAGCAUAGAUAUUUUGUCUUCCCGGUGGCGCAUGACCACGCCAGCUCAUAUAUCCGUUGGGCCGGCCUUCUCGGACAGGUUCCGAGAGAGAUUCUCUGAAGCAUUGCAGAGAAGAAUCGCGGGCAGCGAGGUUCGCGUCACGGAACAAGCCGUGAGCGGCGGGUUCACGCUGGCAAGGAGGGCAGGCGGCGAAAUCGAGGUCCUCGCGCCGGUGUCCUUCACCAACCAUGAGAGCCCUGUGCGCGGGCUGAGCCUGACUUACAAACAGCCUGUCGGGUGUGCUAUUACCCUAGCCCAUCUGCUCCGGUAUGACCAGUUGCGCAGGCUCAGGAGCGAGGAACAUCUGAACUUCAAAGCAUCACUGAGUCCUGUGGGUAACGAAAGCGGUGGGGAUCCGUAUCCGGAGAUGCAGAAAGUGAAGUACACAUUUGAGAAUUAUGAGGAUGAGGACCUACACGUCGCCGUCAUAAGUCUCGGCGCUGGGUUCGAUGUCGCGCAACUCUUCCCGACGCAUGACGCUAUGAUAACCGUGAAGAAAGGCAAGACGCGCUCAUUUUCAUUCCAUCUCACAAUACCAGACGAGCUCAGGGGCCACGGACGAGUUCAUCGCGACAUCGUGCGCACGGUGGUCACCAAGCAGAAGGAAACUCGAUUUAAAAGUAUGGAAUUACCUGACAUCUGGAACACUGCUCAAAUGGAAUAUAUGGAUCGGAACGGCACCGGGGGGCAGAGGAAGCCCGUGAUAGUAAGCGAGGCAAGUUGGUGCAUUCAGGAUGACGAACUGCUUUAUUCUUAG